CUGAGUAACAACAACCUGCAGGAUUCAGGAGUGAAGCUUCUCUCUGCUGGACUGGAGAGUCCACACUGCAAAUUGGAGAGCCUCAGCUUGUCAGGCUGUCUGAUCUCAGAGGAAGGCUGUGCUUCUCUGGCCUCAGCUCUGACCUUUAACCACUCCCAUCUGAAAGAGUUGGACCUGAGCUACAAUCAUCCAGGAGACUCAGGAGUGAAGCUGCUGUYGGCUGGACAGAAGGAUCCAAACUGGAGACUGGAAACUCUGAGGGUGGAGCCUGCUGGAGUCCGAUGGUUGACACCAGGUCUGAGGAAGUAUUCCUGUCAACUCACCAUCGACACAAACACAGUGAGCAGAUUCGUCAAACUGACUGCAGGCAACAGGAUGAUGGCACGUGUGGAGGAACGUCAGUCAUAUCCUGAUCAUCCAGACAGAUUUGAUCAUUAUUACCAUGUCCUGUCUAGAACUGGUCUGACUGGUCGCUGUUACUGGGAGGUCGAGUGGAGAGGAGGAAUUGAUAUAGGAGUGAGUUACAGAAGAAUCAUGAGGAAAGGAGACAGUAGAGACUGUGUGUUUGGAGAAAACGAUCAUUCCUGGUGUCUUUACUGCUCUAAUAAACUUCAUUUUGUCAGGCACAAUAAAAUCACAACAAAUCUCCACUGCCCUAUUGCUAAAAGAGUAGCAGUGUAUUUGGACUGGCCUGCUGGCAUUCUGUCCUUCUACAGAGUUUCCUCUGAUUCACUGAUCCACAUCCACACCUUCAACACCACAUUCACUGAACCUCUCUAUGUUGGAUUUGGGCUCUGGUCCAAUAUUGGUUCAGUGUUCCUGAGCUGAGUUGAAUUUCAAAAUGACUAUAGAUUUUGAAGUUUAUGUCCAGUGAUUAUUCAGCCACCCAGAAUUUCUAGUACUAAUGCAUCUUUAAUUGAUAAUAUUUUUACAAACAAAAUUGCAAA